UUUUCCGCUGGCGCCCUGGCUCUUUGGCUUCUAUAGUAAGUUUGCUGGUUUGUUGUCGCCGCGGCACCGGCUGUGAACCCAGGAACCCCCUCCGCGUCUCCGGGUCCCUCUACCUCAUCCGUUGGUGUGAUCCUGAUGGUGCGGCAGGCUGUGGACUCCUGAACCUCUGCAGCGAAUUUAAGAAGAUUUUGUUCAUGUAUAUGGUAUAGAAGAUGAAUUCUUCCUCCUCCAUCAUGAAUGAAGAACCUGAUGCUCUGUCGGUAGUUAAUCAACUACGGGAUCUAGCAGCAGAUCCAUUAAAUAGAAGAGCCAUUGUCCAGGAUCAGGGAUGUCUGCCUGGCCUUAUUUUAUUUAUGGACCAUCCCAACCCUCCUGUUGUCCACUCGGCUUUGCUUGCUCUUCGAUACUUGGCAGAAUGCCGUGCUAACAGAGAAAAGAUGAAAGGAGAACUGGGUAUGAUGUUAAGCUUGCAAAAUGUUAUACAGAAGACUACAACUCCUGGAGAAACAAAACUGCUGGCUUCUGAAAUCUAUGACAUUCUUCAGUCUUCCAAUAUGGCAGAUAGUGAUAGUUUCAAUGAAAUGAAUUCACGUCGAAGGAAAGCUCAGUUCUUUCUGGGAACUACAAACAAACGUGCCAAAACAGUGGUUUUGCAUAUAGAUGGUCUUGAUGAUACGUCUCGGCGAAAUCUAUGUGAAGAGGCUUUGUUAAAAAUUAAAGGUGUUAUUAGCUUUACUUUUCAAAUGGCUGUUCAAAGAUGUGUGGUGCGAAUCCGUUCCGAUUUGAAAGCAGAGGCUUUGGCAUCAGCGAUAGCAUCAACCAAGGUUAUGAAGGCUCAGCAAGUUGUGAAAAGUGAAAGUGGAGAAGAGAUGCUGGUUCCAUUCCAGGAUACGCCUGUGGAAGUAGAACAGAACACAGAGCUGCCCGACUACCUGCCUGAGGAUGAGAGCCCCACAAAGGAGCAGGACAAAGCAGUGUCCCGGGUUGGCUCCCACCCAGAGGGUGGGGCUAGCUGGCUGAGCACAGCUGCAAACUUUUUGUCGAGAUCAUUUUACUGGUGACUUCAAUUUGGGGCUCGAGGACUGUGUGAACAAACAGGGGGCCAGUUUUCCAAUGUUGUGGUUAACUGUCAAGUGCAAUUUGCAAUAAGUUAUCAUGAAAAGUUUUUAGAUUACAUGAUUGUGUAUGCUGCAUUUUACAUUUUAUUGGACAUUUUGCCCCACUAAGUGGUAAAAAGGACAGAAGGCUGCAGGUGGAGUUGCUUUGUUGAUGCAGGUAUUAUGGUUUUGGUUUUCUUUGUUUAAUUGCCUCACUUUUUAAAAAACAUGGGUCCAUUGGUAAACCAAACACAUAUGUGCAGCUUUACAUUUUAUUUUACAUGAAGCACGUGAUUAGGAAAACACAUUUUCUCCUCAAGCCUCAGGACCUAUCUGAAGAGAAGUUUUUUUUUUUUUUUUUUAAGCUCGAGUUGUGCAUGAAUUACUGAACAUUUUUCUCGGCUUUUCUUCAUGAAAGAUACUUGCUUUGGUCCUCCUCACUGAAAGUUGAAAACAUUUCUCAUUAUCCCCCUUUUGUGCCUUUUUUUAUUUUGCCAACCAUGUUUAUAGAAAAGACAUUACUAAUGACAUUUUGUGAAUUAAAAUAUAUUCAUUUGAA